CCUCUCGUUUCCCACAAUGCUCAGCGAGCUUCAGCACCAAGAUGGCCGACGCUAUGGAGGAGUAUGAGAAGGAGGCUGGCUGCGUCCCCAUUCUGCAUCCCGAGGAAAUCAAACCGCAGAGUCAUUACAAUCACGGCUACAGCGAGAACGUCAGCCGGAAGAACCACGUGGACGACUACAGCACCUGGGACAUCGUCAAAGCCACACAGUAUGGCAUCUUCGAGCGCUGCAGAGAGCUGGUGGAGGCGGGCUUCGACGUGCGGCAGCCGGACAAAGAGAACGUGACGCUCCUCCACUGGGCCGCCAUCAACAACAGGAUAGACCUGGUCAAGUACUACAUAUCUAAAGGUGCCAUCGUCGAUCAGCUAGGAGGAGACCUCAACUCUACACCUCUGCACUGGGCCACCAGACAAGGCCACCUCUCCAUGGUGGUGCAGCUCAUGAAGUACGGCGCCGACCCGUCGCUGAUCGACGGCGAGGGCUGCAGCUGCGUCCACCUGGCGGCGCAGUUUGGCCACACCUCCAUCGUGGCCUACCUCAUCGCCAAAGGACAGGAUGUGGACAUGAUGGAUCAGAACGGCAUGACUCCCCUGAUGUGGGCGGCGUACCGGACACACAGUGUGGACCCCACCCGGCUGCUCCUGACCUUCAACGUCUCCGUCAACCUGGGCGACAAAUACCACAAGAACACGGCGCUGCACUGGGCCGUGCUGGCCGGCAACACCACCGUCAUCAGCCUGCUGCUGGACGCCAACGCCAACGUGGACGCGCAGAACAUCAAGGGCGAAACGCCGCUGGACCUCGCCAAGCAAAGGAAGAACGUGUGGAUGAUCAAUCACUUACAGGAAGCGCGGCAGGCCAAAGGCUACGACAGCCCGUCCUACCUGAAGAGGCUGAAGAUGGACAAGGAGUUCAGGCAGAAGGUCAUGCUGGGGACGCCCUUCGUGGUCAUCUGGCUGGUGGGCUUCAUCGCGGACCUGGACAUCGACUCCUGGCUCAUCAAGGGCAUCAUGUACGCCGGCGUCUGGGUGGCCGUGCAGUUCCUCUCCAAGGCGUUUUUCGACCACUCCAUGCACAGCGCGCUGCCUCUGGGAAUCUACCUGGCCACCAAGUUCUGGAUGUACACCACCUGGUUCUACUGGUUCUGGAACGAUCUCCCGUUUGCCACCGUGCACGUGCCGUUCCUGAUCAACACCCUGGCUCUGUUCUACAACUUCGGCAAGUCCUGGAAGUCCGACCCGGGAAUCAUCAAGGCGUCGGAGGAGCAGAAGAAGAAGACCAUUGUGGAGCUGGCGGAGACGGGCAGUCUGGAUCUGAGCAUAUUCUGCAGCACCUGCUUGAUACGGAAGCCCAUCAGGUCCAAACACUGCGCCGUGUGCAACCGCUGCAUCGCCAAGUUCGACCACCACUGUCCCUGGGUGGGCAACUGCGUGGGAAGCGGAAACCACCGCUACUUCAUGGGCUACCUGUUCUUCCUGCUCUGCAUGAUCUGCUGGAUGAUGUACGGCUGCAUCUCCUACUGGAGGAUCCACUGCGCCACCAGCUACGCCAAGGACGGGUUCUGGCUCUACCUGACCCAGAUCGCCUCCUGCUCGCCCUGGAUGUUCUGGAUGUUCCUCAACAGCGUCUUCCACUUCAUGUGGGUGGCCGUGCUCAUCAUGUGCCAGCUCUACCAGAUCGCGGCUCUGGGAAUCACCACCAACGAGAGGAUGAACGCCCGCAGAUACAAGCACUUUAAAGUCACCGCCACGUCCAUCGAGAGCCCCUUCAACCACGGCUGCAUCAGGAACCUGAUAGACUUCUUUGAGAUCCGCUGCUGCGGGCUGAUCCGGCCCGUGACGGUGGACUGGACCACGCAGUACACAAUAGAGUACGACCAGACGUCUGGCUCGGGCUACCAGCUGGUGUAGAGGAAGAGGAGGAGGAGGAGGAGGAGGAGGAGGAGGGGGGAGGAUGACGGACCAGCCUCCACCCCCCCCCCCCGGGCGUUCAUAUCGGAGCGGCGCCGUUCCCGGGGAGCGCUUCGCUUUGUUUUCCGGACCAUCCCUCCGUCACCGACCAGAAUCAGCCGGGACUCGCAUGCUGUUUAACGGGGCGACACCCCCCCCCCCCCUCCCCUCCCCUCCCCUCCUCCACCAUCGUUUACUACUAUUAACUACUACUAUUACUCUCCAACAAGACUCCAUCACCCCCCCUCCCCCGCCUCCUGAGCCCUGCGGACGGUGCGUUGCUGCCAGGCGCUGACCGGAGAGGAGGGGUUCGAACCGUGGACCCCGUCACGACCCUGCAGAGACGUGGGCUUCGUCCUGUAAACCCCCCCCCCCCCCAUCCUUCACUCUCCACCUUAUUUAUGGAGCCCCCCCCCUCCCCCGCCGUGUGCCCCGUUCCGGUUUGUCUUCUUCUUGUUUUUCGGUUUGAGGAACUCGUGGCGAGUGACAGUGGAGAAGCUACAAGUGUGUGAGAGAGAGUGUGUGUGUGUGUGUGUGUGUGUGUGUGUGUGUGUGUUUUCGUUGAGUCAUGGAUUUGUUUGUAUGAUAGAAAUAAGGGAAUGUGUUUUUACGGCCUCCAUUUUGCACCGCCAUGUUUGUUUGUUUGCUGGAGGAUUGGCGUUGGGUUGGAGGCGGAGCCACUGGAGGAGCCCCGCCCCCUCAGAUUUUAGCAGAUAUCCAAGUGUUUAUUUGUUUUUUUUUUAAUCUGCGGAGGCCGCCGGGGCUCCUCCGGCGCCGGGAUCCAUCCUACAAGACAAUGUGAUAACAGGUGUAUUUAUUUUAAAGCUAUUUAUAGAAGAGAAGCGUUUCUCCCACCUCCGAUUCAGCCGAGCGGGAUUUCUGAGCGGAGAAGCCGAGGAAGCUCCACCCCACUUCUCCCUCGCUUGUAAAGUCUUACGUGUGUCGUGUGUCGUUCGUCUGCCUCCGACAUUGCACUGAUUUCUCUUUUUUUUUUUUUUUUGUAAGUUUUUUUUAUUAAUUUGAUGGAGCCCUGACUGAACUGAACUGAACUGAACCGGAUUCCGUUGUUUACCGGGCGAGACGGACGAGGAGGGGACGAGCCGAGACCUGUAAAGAAUGUGCAUCUUGUACAUAAACACUACCUUUCACCUUUUGUUUUUUCUCUUUCUGUUGGUCAGUGUUAAGUCGGAAAGGUGCUCCUCCUCUUAGUUUUUCGCUGUUGGGGGGGGGGGGGGGGGGGGGGGCGAUUCGGGGGGAGGAGUGGAGAUUUCUUUCUUUCUUCCGCGGAGGAGAAACCGGAGUGAAGCGUCUGACUGUAGCUUUUAGUGACGUCCCACCCUGCUGUCUAUAAGCAUCCACCCUCCUCCUCCUCCUCCUCCUCCUUCAUCUCCGCUGCAUGUGGCGAUGCUCGGGACGCUGCCGGGCUCGCCCCCCCCCCCUCUCCACCACCGCCUCCACCCCCCCGGCGAGCCACGUGUCUGUAUAUAGUGAAUGUUAAGUAUUUGCCAGUACUUUUUCUGCAUCACCAUCAUUUUUGUCGGGUUUUUUUUUUUGUUGUUUUUUCGUUCUCGGAUCCAGCGUGCGUUUUUAGUGCAAGUCGUCUCCAAGUGUGUGAUAUAUCUGAAUGUUUCAUGCUUGUGGACUUCUGUUGUCAUCCUGACUUUGUUUCUUUUCUUCUUUAUUUUUUAAGAAAAAAGGAAAAAAAAAAGACCUCUUUCUACGUCGUACAUGGUUUGUUAUACCACUGGAUGUACAAAUUGUAAAGCAAAGACUAGAGAACUACAGGCGGACGCCAGGUUUCUUUUUUUUUUUUUUGUUUUCUAAGAGCUGAAAUGUGAUCAUGCAAUAGUUUUAAGGAUAGAUGGAGGUUAUAUUAUAACGCCAGCCUCCGUUUAAAAAAAACAAAACUCCCGGGCCUCAUGUUUCGCUUCACCACGAGGGGGCGUCGCCGCCGGAGCGAGCGGCGCCUCAUAUCACGCCGCCACGUGGGUUUCUGAUCAUCACGAGUAUCAAUAAUAAUAUUCUAAUAAUAAUAAUGACAGUAAUGCCUUUUUAUUUGGACGGAGUUUUUUUUCCCCCAGGCUCAUCCAGGAAGUGAUGUUUCAUGAAUUCAAAAGCCAUCCUGGUCCUCGCUAGUUCUUCCAGCAGCUGAACCCCCUCCCUCCCCUCCACCCCCCCCAUCAUCACCACGUGGAAUUAAAAUCAAAACAAAAAAAAAAA